AUGAGCCAGUCGCAAGCUCUACAGAGGGGCAUACGGGCCACUCUUUGGAGAGGAGGCACCAGCAAAGGUCUCAUCUUCCUUGCCUCUCGCCUCGCACCCUUCACACAGGAGACGCGCGAUGCCAUCAUCUGUGCCGCCAUGGGCUCCCCGGACCCCGAUGGCCGUCAGAUCGAUGGUCUCGGAGGGGGUGCCUCGUCCCUCUCAAAGGUAGCCAUCAUCAACGCACCUGGUAGGGGAGGCGUCAGUGUGGCCAGAUCAGCUGGCAAUCGCUUCCCAGGUGUGCCCUGGUCGGAGGACAACACACCCACCAGCGCCGCGCACCCAGUGACUGGCUGGGACCUAGUCUACAGGUUCGGUCAGGUGCCUAUCAACGGUACAAAGAUAGACUGGGGAAGCACAUGCGGCAAUCUUGUCGCUGCGGUAGCACAACAGAGCAUCAACACUCGGACUGUAGACACGACGGUGGUGAAUGAGCGAGCCAUGGCCGCGGGCGUGGACCCACAAGAUCCACAGGCUCGCUUCAUGUGCCCCGUGAGGAUUCUACAAGCCGAGUCUGGAAACCGAGUGUUGGCAUCCGUGGCUGUUUCGCGUCAUCCCGAUAACAACAAGUGGUGGUUCGCUGAUGCCGUAGGCGAGGCUACUAUCGCAGGUGUACCCGGCAAGCAUGCUUCCACUGUCAUCGAGACUCAACUUCAGGGCACGCUCCUGCCCACAUCGAGGGCCAAGGACACAGUCAUGCUAGGCACAGAAGCUGUCGAAAUAUCCGUCGUAGAUGCUGGUCUUCCAGUCAUCUUCGUCAGGGCAAGUGACAUGAGCGUCGACUUCGACCAACUCACCUCGCAUCCAGCUUCUCUCGAUGCGGAUCUUGGUCUGAUGCAGAGAAUCGAGGCGUUGCGGAAGGCGGCUUCAAGUCUCGACUCCUCAUUGUCGGGGCUCUACUUCCCCGGCUCGGCCGCCCCCAAGGUGUGUCUCCUACAUCCGCGGGCAACUUACCGGACGACCGGCUCCACUGAGGUUCGGGGCGAGGAAGUGGACUGCCUGGCACGAGCAGUCAGCGUGGGGCAAUUCCAUCGAACAAUACCCGCGACUACACUCAGUGCAUUAGGAGCUGCUUCUGCUUUGGGUGACACAGUAGUAUCGGACGUGGUCAAGGAGGGCGGAGCGUCUAUCAAUACACCGCCACCUCCCUGGGCACUGGCCACUGCUCCCACUGCUGGGCAGCAGAUCGUCUCUUUCAGCGUCGGCCAGCCCGCCGGCGUCUCAUCCACCUGUCUACGAAUGUCAGCGGACGCUUCGCCAGUACCUGAGGCUAUCUUGAUGGAGAGGACAGCGCGCCAGCUCAUGGAUGGCGAUGUCCCCAUACCCGAAAGCAUA